AUGGAGAAGGGCGUGGAAGCACAAAUUGCAGAUUUGCAAGCAACGUGCCACAUCAGUGGCUUCCUGCAUGGCAUAUCCGGCGACUACAACAGGGAUCACGGCUCGGUCUGCUGUAAAGACGGUCACCGCUACCCGCAAUUCAGGUGCUCGCCCCCGGUGUCGGCCGAUACGCCGGCGAUCCUAACUCUGAACAGCUUCGCACGAGGUGGAGACGGCGGCGGCAAAUCGUUCUGCGACAACCUUUUCCACAAGGACACCGAGCUGGUGGUGGCGCUGUCCAUGGGGUGGCUGCGCCUGGACGGCAAGCGCAGGUGCAACAAGAUGAUCCGCAUCAACGGGAACGGGCGUGCCGUGCUAGCCAAGGUCGUCGAUGAGUGUGACUCGGUGUAA